AUGGCACAGGAGAUAUACUCACCACAAGCUCCGGAAUCCUUCACCGGACUCCUGACCAACACGAAGAUCGUUCAGAAGAAUAUCCUCGACAGGACGGAGAAGAAACUCGCGUUGCUUGAGGGUAGACGCGGAGUACGACUCUUUUCCACAGCAGAUCGAUCACCACCAUCCCUGAACAAUGAGCUGGACAUCUCGUCACCGAAUUUGAACAGGCACGGAUUUGUCGCCAUGUCCGCUCCCAAAGGCAGAGCGCCGAAGGAAUUUGUACCUGACUUUUCCAGCAACAUCGGAGCCGAUUUCGAAUUGUGGCUCGAGGACGUUGAUGAUUACCUGAAAAUUUGUGGAGUUACGACGGCAGCUGAUAAGAAGAGGCUGUUUCUGAACCUUGCAGGCCUCGCUGUCAGGCGUAUUGUUAAAGGAAUCGUAGUUCCUACUCCACCAGCUCAGGCCGAUGGCAGUGCCGGAUGUGAGUACAAAGCUCUGACGGAUGCUUUGAUUGCUCAUUUUCGUCCUGCCACAAACACAACGUCGGAGCGCCACCGGUUCCGUCAGCUUCGCCAGAAUGAGGGUGAGUCUGUCACAUCGUUUGUGGGACGCCUGCGGGAAGCAGCUGAUCGCUGUGAAUUUGCGUCUACUGCCGUGGACACCAUUGAUCAGGGACAAAUCCGUGAACAGUUGAUCGAGGGCCUGCGAUCCCAGGAGCUACGUAAAGAACUUCUCAAAGAGUCAAAGUUGACACUAGCCAAUGCUGUGAGCAAAGCUGUGACACUCGAGUCCUCUAUCACGGACAGCAAGCUUUAUGGUGACGCUGCAGCUACUCCAUUGUCAAAUUCAUUCUCUCACAUUCACCGUGUUUCACACUCCCAGCCUGCCUCUGCGCACAAGAAGUUUGGGAAGUGCAAGUACUGUGGCCGCUCGCAUCCAAGAGGCAAGCAGCAUUGCCCUGCAGCGGAUGCUACUUGUGGCAACUGCUCGAAAGUCGGCCACUUUACAACAGUGGAGGAGGAUGACGCCAACUAUUUCUGUGAUUACGCAUUCUCAGUGGAUACUUCUCAGCACCAGCAAUUGUUUCGUAAGACGCUGAUCGUCAACGGCCGUCCCUGUGAAGGACUACUGGAUACCAGUGCUACCCGAUCAGUGCUAACCGAUGAUGUUGUCCAGCCAACGCGAAAGAGUGAUCGAAUCUUGAAAGCGGACAAUGGCGGCGUCAUCUCGACACUCGGUAUGGCUGAUGUGACGGUCUCUGUUGGAUCACGCAGCAUCGUAUGUAGUUGUUUUGUUGUCCCAGUCGCGUCUGGCCGCCAAAUCCUGUAUGGCCAGGACGUCAUCUCCGAACUGGAGUUGCUGACCUCUGCUGAAGUCAAUGUGGUGAACGUGACGCCCAUCUCUAUCACAGUGGACCCUGACACCACUCCAGCCGCACUCCCACCCCGUCGGCACGCUUUCAGCAUCCGGGAUGAAAUUGCCAAGGAGUUGGAUCGUCUGGUGAAGCAUGAGAUAAUCGAGCCAGUGCGAGAAGCUACUCCGUGGGUCUCAUCGUUGGUGCCGGUCAGGAAAUCAAGCGGUGCUUUGUGUCUCUGCGUGGACUACCACGUCCUAAACAAGAGCGUAGUCCGGGAGCGUCACCUAAUUCCCACCGUUGACGAAAUCAAUGCGCAGCUGGACGGUGCAACAGUGUUCUCCGUUCUGGAUGCUGAAUCUGGCUUUCACCAGCUCCCUUUGGCCGAUGAAUCUCGUCCGUUCACAACUUUCGCCACUCACAAGGGCCUCUUUAGAUUCAAGAGACUCCGGUUUGGCAUUGCUUGCGCACCGGAGAUAUUUCAACGUGUGGUGUCUGACAUCCUUGCCGGCCUACCGGGAGUCGUUGUCUAUAUUGAUGACAUUCUCAUCUAUGCCCGCAACCGACAGGAACACGACGAGCGCAUGGCUGCCGUACUCCGUCGUUUGAGCGAAGCCAACCUGCGCUUAAACUGGGAGAAGUGUCGCGUACGCCAGUCAGAAAUCAAGUACUUGGGACACUGGCUGAGCAAGGAUGGUGUGCGUCCUGACGGUGACAAGCUGCUGGCAAUCCAACAGUUGCAGCUGCCGCAGACGUUGACAGAUGUACGUCGUUUCCUUGGUAUGGUGACGUACCUUGGUAAAUUCAUACCGCAGCUCUCACAGACAACUGAGCCGCUGAGGAAACUGGCUCAGCGACAACCAUUCGUCGUUGAUGAUGAGCUGACGGCCGCGUUCACCGAUGCGAAGACAGCCGUGGCCUCGUCGCUAGAGUGCUUAGCGUACUUUAAGCCAUCCUUGGACGUCCCAACCAAGGUAACAUGUGACGCAUCUCCACUUGGUCUGGGUGCUAUUCUGUGGCAGCGAGACAAGAGUGGCACUUGGUUACCUGUCACCUGCGCCAGCCGUUCAUCGUCCGAUGUUGAAUCUCGUUAUUCCCAGUUGGAGCGCGAGAUGCUUGGUAUUCUCUCUGACUCAAUUCCGACAGUACGUCCUGGGGAGAUCUGUUCAAGUUGUGACCGACCACAAGCCCCUGAUCUUAAUCGUCCAGAAGCUGUUUGA